CCGGUAGUGGCGGACCUGCCGGUGAACAGAGGACUCGACAUGGCCUGGAGGAGCUGCUCAGUCCUCUGCAGACUGACCGGAGGAGACCCGUUCCUGUGCUCCGUGAGAGGAGGGAGCUUUUAGCCGAUGCCUGGAGAGCAGAGCAACACCCACUCAGUGUUUAUCAUUCAGAAUGGAGUGGCCAGGUGGCUUCCAGCAACGCUGCGGCUUCAAGAAAGCGUCCAGAACGCCAGAACCCAAACAACCGGAACCCAAACAGCCAGAACCCAAACAGCUGGAGGGUCUGGAGCUGCAGAAGUGGGCCCCGCUCCCCUCACGGGUCCCGGGUCCCCAGCAGGCCCCGGGCCCUCACCGGGCCUUCAGCCGCCUCAUCAGGCCCUUCUUUUUCACCGUGGGGGCUGCUCCUUCGGCGCGGCGGCCAUCUGGCAGUACGAGUCGCUCAAGUCCCGAGUCCAGAACUACUUCGACGAGCUGCAAGCUAAUUGGCUGGAGAAGCUGCGGCCUCAGAAACAAGGAGACCUCCGUAAGGAGAUCAACGAAUGGUGGAACAGCCUGACGGAGGGCCAGAAGACAGUGGCAGGGAUCAUCUUCGCCAACAUCCUGGUGUUCUUGGCCUGGCCGCUGGUGCCGCCGCCCAUCAUGCUGCGCUACUUCACCUCCAACCCCGCCUCCUCGUCCCUGUGUCUCCCCAUGCUGCUGUCCACCUUCAGCCACAUGUCCCUGUUCCACCUGGCGGCCAACAUGUACGUCCUGUGGAGUUUCUCCAGCAGCGCCGUCUCCAUGUUGGGGAGGGAACAGUUCCUGGCCGUCUACCUGUCCGCCGCCGUCACCUCCUCCUUCUCCAGCUACCUGUGGAAGACGGCCACAGGACGCUGCGUCCCGUCUGUCGGAGCGUCUGGCGCCAUCAUGGCCGUCCUCGCCCUCGUUUGCACCAAGAUGCCUGAAGCCAAACUGGCCAUCAUCUUCCUGCCCAUGUUCACGUUCACCGCCGCCAACGCCCUGAAGGCCAUCGUUGUCAUGGAUACCGCCGGCCUGCUGUUGAGGUGGAGGUUCUUCGACCACGCCGCGCAUCUGGGAGGAGCUCUGUUCGGGAUAUGGUACAUCCUGUUUGGACACGAGCUGAUCUGGAAGAACCGCGAGCCGUUGGUCAAGCUGUGGCACGACCUGCGGACCCAGAGCGGCGGCCGGCCCGGUGGGCCCGGCGGCGCCGUCUAGGGACCACGACCGGGACUGGACUGUAGAAUCAUGUAAAGCUGUAUAAAACUACAGCCAGCGCUCCACGUUGGGAACCUGUGGGUCCGUCUUCUGGGUUCAGACCGAUCAGAACCGCUGCUGGUCGGGUUCUGGUCCGGUAUUUCUUCAACCGGAUGACGUCUGACUCGGCUGAAUGGCUAAACAGAAACUCCAGGUCCUGAUGGUUUAUAGAAAAAGUCAUAUUUCUAGUUUUCUUUGUGGAGCUGAAGAAGAGUCAGCCAAUGAGAGGAGGCGGAGGAGCAGCGAUCUGAUUGGCCGACGGCUCUUUAUUAUUUCUGUCAAAUAAAUCUCACUGCGCCCUCUGGUGGGCUCUUUAUGAACAAAAGAAACCUUUAUUUUUGUAAUAACUAUGUUGUUUAUGAGAUUAGCUCAAGCUGUUAUCAGACAACUGUAAUUAGUGAUCACUAAUUUAUAACAUAUUUACUCGCAGCUGACUAUUGAACAAACACAUUCACUUGUUUAUUUCUGUCACAAAAUGAGAUUUAAUCAAAUUAAGUUUUUGUUUUCUUUCAAACAUACACAAUGAAACACAAAAAGAAAUAAAAGUUUGUUGAUGGUUCAGAUUUUA